UUUUCUAAACGAAUAUUCCUAGGAAAAAAACUUCCACAAUUUAAUAAUAAAACCAUCUGACGUGGCAAAUAAAGUUAUGAAAUCUUUUGAGUGGCACAGAAAGAGAUAACAAAAAGAGACGUGAUUAAAGAUUGCAAAAGUUCACUUUAUUGCCAACAAACAUGUGGCUCUCUCAUCUCUACAGGUCCCUUUCUCUCCUGAUGUGUCAUCUUCCCCACUUUUUUCUCUCUGUGUGGCUCUGUUUGAUCCAUUCAUACCAACCCCAUACUUCUUAUAUACUCUUGUCUCUCAUCUGCGUUUAAAGAAUAAACACAAUACCAUCAUCUCUCCUUCACUUUCUUCUUUCUUGUGUACCGUACUUGCAACGUUUGGUAUGUCUGAACUUAUAGAUACCCCGGUCAAAUUGUUUGGUUGGACAAUCACAUCUUCUUUGUCCCUGACGAACAAUCAAUCUGCUACUGACAACAUUGAACAAGCCAGUACAAGUCUUCAGAGAUCAUCUGAUCUCACCGAGGAGUCAAAAGAAACAUCUGAGAACAGCGAGAUCACAACAACAACAACUACAUCGGAAGAGAAAACAACUGAUGACUUGAAGAAACCAGACAAGAUUCUUCCAUGUCCACGAUGCAACAGCUCGGACACCAAGUUCUGUUACUACAACAACUACAACGUUAGCCAGCCACGUCACUUCUGCAGAAGCUGCCAGAGGUAUUGGACUUCCGGUGGAACCAUGAGGAUCGUCCCAGUUGGUUCAGGCCGUCGUAAGAACAAGGGAUGGGUUUCUACACACCAUUACAUGCACACGGAGAAUACUAGAUCCUCGGAGAAAAUUCUUAGCUUCGACUCUUCGGGCGAAGAGUCAUUGGUUACUGAGAAUGGUAAGAAUCAAUCAAGCGACUCUGUUUCAAGAGAUUUCAACAAUUUCCAAAGAUUUCUUCCUCCGCAAGUAACAUCCUCUGUUUCGCCUCCUUGGCCUUACCAGUACCCUCCUAACCCUGCUUUCUACCACAUCCCUGUCUACUGGGGCUGCACGGUACCAUUUUGGUCUACUCUACAGACUUCUACGUGUCUAGGGAAAAGGACAAGAGACGAAGCUUCACAUGUAAGUGUUGGAGAGAACGAAGACACUUCUGUAAGAGCAAGACUGGAUUCAAAAUCUCGAAGUAAUAAUGAUGAAGCAAACGUAGCUACUAAGAAUCGUGUGUUUUAUCCAGUACCGAUGAAACGUGAGAAGACACAGCAGUUCAAUUUAUUCGUAAAUGAGUCUGAAACAAAGAGCGGCAACAAUAGAUUCGUUCCUGAAACGUAUCUAAACCUGCAAGCAAACCCUGCAGCCAUGUCAAGAUCUAUGAACUUCAGGGAGAGCAUGUAACGUUAAAGAGAUUAGAGUAUAGAAUAAUCGUUCGUGUGUUUAUUCAUGAAGAGAGAUUUAGUAGUGUAUUGAUUGCUACCUUGUAGAGGAAGGAAAAAACUGUAGGUAUUUUUGUUUUGUGGUUAAGGAGCGCUGCAUAUAACUUUUGAUAUAUAAUCUUAUUUAUUUGCUACGGUCAUCGUUUUGUGCAUCAUCCUGUAACGGAUAUGCUGAAUUAUGAUGUCAUCAUAGGUAAAUGGAACUCUGAAAUAAUGUUUAUUCCUUUA